CACAGCCAAAUAGAAACUUGUCGAUGCACGAUGAUAUUAAAUUUUCUCGAUUCAUCCCCACUCUGCUCUUAGCAGCUUAUCACGAAUACAUGAAUUACCACAGCAUUACAGUUUUUAUAGUUGGAAGUUUUAACGCAAUUUGCUACGUGCCGUUUAACCAACGUGGUUUAUCAAAUUAAUUUUCACUGAAGAAGUUUGCAAUCUACAAAUUGCACAAUGGAUAAAUUAAACGCGUCUAUUUUAAACCCCGAACUAUUCAGAAUUUUUGCAUUUUGGGGUAGUGUACUUGCUUUAAAAUUAGUUUUUAUGGCACCAUUGACUGCACGCUACAGAUUUAAGAAAUUAAUAUUUGCAAACAAUGAGGAUACCGCACAUAUGAAAGGAGCAAAAGUUAUCUACAAUGAUCCUGACGUUGAACGCAUACGUAGAGCACAUUUAAAUGAUUUAGAAAAUAUUCUUAUAUGGUAUAUUGUUACAUUUCUGUGGUUAACUACUGAACCUUCUGUAUGGUUAGCUUCACUUUUAAUCAGGAGUUUCGUGAUUGCUAGAAUUGGUCACACUUUGGUAUACGCUAUUGUUCCAAAGCAACCUCACAGAGCAAUUGCCUUUUUUGUUGGUUUUGGUCUUACUGCGUAUCAAGCUAUUAGUACUUUGUUACAUUACAUGUAAUUCCAAUGUUAAAAUGAAGUACUGAAUAUAUUUUUGUUAUAUAUUUUAUAUAAUAAUUUUUAUUAGUGUCAUGAUUAUUAAUAAA